AUGGGUUUGAAACUGAAAAAUUUCUUGCCAAUGUUCGUGUUCUUGUCGUUAGCAUCCACAGCUAAAGCUCAAUCUGCUGCCUUAGAUGUGACAAGUGCAAAAUAUGGUGGAAAGCCAAACUCUGAUAUUACCAAGGCUUUAGAGAAGGCUUGGACAGAUGCAUGUGCAUCAACAGCACCAAGUAAAAUUGUUGUUCCAAAGGGAACAUUCAAGUUUGUAGGAACAACUUUUAAAGGUCCUUGCAAGGCUGCUAUUGAGUUUCAACUCCAAGGAACAUUGCAGGCUCCAGCAGAUGGCAGCCAGCUCCCAAAGGACGACACUUGGAUUGGUUUCGACAACGUCGACGGGCUCACCUUGUCAGGUGGUGGAACUUUUGAUGGCCAAGGAGCACUGUCUUGGAAAAACAAUGAUUGCAACAAAAAUAGACAAUGCAAAUCUAAACACAUUAAUUUGAGGUUCCACUUACUCACCAAUUCCAAAAUUUUGGAUGUAACUUCAAAAGAUAGCACAAAUUUCCACGUCAAUCUUUUGAAGUGCGAGAAGGUUGAAAUCAAUGGAUUUACCGUCUCAUCACCUAAGGAAAGCAUGAACAUAAAUGGAAUUCACAUCGGUCGUUCAACUGGGAUCAACAUCACUAACACAACCAUCGGAACUGGGGAUGAUUGUAUUUCGAUCGGUGACGGUACCAAGGACCUCACCGUGACCAACGUUACUUGCGGGCCAAGCCACGGCAUAGCCAUCGGAAGCCUUGGAAGGUACCUAGAGGAAGAACCCGUGUCCGACAUCAAUAUUAAGAAAUGCACCUAG